AUGAUAAUUAUUAUUGGCACAUUGAUUUUAUAAUCCGUUAUACUAGCAAUUUAUAAUGGAGUUACUGAAUAAACAGAUAAUUACUAUUUGUUAAUAGAUUUACUAUUGAUAUUUGGAUGUUUCGGAUAGAAAAUAUUAUUAAUUUUGCUUAUAGGGAGUGUAUGUCUAUCAAAUGAAUUAUUGGACUCAGAAGAAAAUGUAAAAACCAUUGUUAUAUUAGAUAUUAGGUUUUUAUCUAAGUGUGAGAUUAUUAUUAAGCGCUUUCAUUUUACUUGACACAUAAAAAAUAAUAUAUUUUGUGUUCUGCUUCUUUUACAUCCUUUUUAGGAGUCAUUUUAGCACUUAACCAUUGGCUUAUCUCACCAUAUUUGGAUAUUUGAUCUUGAUUCUGAGAAGUAUUAAUUUGAAUUAAUCAUAAAGCCCUAUAUUUGAAGCAUAAAACCCCAAGCGUUGAGAAACAUCAGAUUGGCUAAAUCUUUGAUUUUUUUUAAGAAUCGCUACCUAUUUCUGUUUGCAUCAUUUAAGAUGAGUGUAUGAUAUGAUUUAAUGCUAGAAUACAAGUUCAUGACAAAUUAAUUUAGAAUUGAUUAUCAUGGACUUACGCCUUAAAUUAUCAAGAAUAUUACAUCUAAAUCAAACAAAGAAUGUCUGGCAACCUACUUAAAUAAAAAAAAGUUUUUAAAAAACAGGUCAUAUUAAUAUCAUAGUAAAAAACGAUUUGAACAUUGCACUCUUGAAACUUACUCAACAACAAUAUAACAAAAGGAGUAAAUCCAAAACUACUUUCCUGCUGAUAUCGAUGUCCUUGAAGUCAUUUGGGAAUAGUAGCCAGCCAUUAUGUUGAUUUUCUAAUCGCAAUCCGAAAAACAAUAGUUAUAAUAAAUAGAAGAAUUAAAAUUGAGAGACCAAUACAAAGAUGAUCUCUUGGUGAGUGUGUCACAUGAUUUCAAGACUCCCAUUAAUGGAAUUGUGGCUAUUGUAUAAUAUUUAGAAUAGUACUUAUAUAUUAUUAAUUUCUGUAGAAUAGUCGUUGAUUAAAUGGAAAUUAAUUAUUUAAUUAUACUAAAAAAGUGGGCUCAAUUAUUAUUGUACAUGAUCAGUGAUAUCUUGGAUUUUUCGAGGAUUCAAAAGAACACCUUAAGUUUAACCAAUACAACAUUCUACAUCCAAGCCAUCGUCUAAGAAAUAAUUGAUCUGGUCUCCCUCUAAGCAAAUCAAAAGGGCAUUAUUGUGCAAAAGAAGAUUACCUUUGGAGAUAGGUUGAUGUAUUCCGAUCCUAAUCGAAUCAAAUAAAUUUUGUUGAAUCUUUUAAGUAACUCUCUAAAAUUUACAGAAAAGGGCAAAAUAGAUAUUGUUGUCGAUUAUAAAAAUAGUGAAAUUGAAAAUUAGUAAGUCAGACUUAUUACGAUAAGUGUUUCAGACACAGGAGUGGGUAUUCCCGAUAAUGUGAAGCCUAAGUUAUUUUAGAUGUAUGGUACAUUUGAUUUCACAAAUAAUGGUUCAAAUAAACACGGAAUUGGAUUGGGGUUAGUUAUUUGUAAGAAAUUGGUUGGAUUAUUAGGACCAACUGAUAACAUUGACUUGAUAAGUUAAGUUGGAGUAGGUUCUAAAUUUAGUUUUGAUGUUUAUAUUAAUAAUGAUUAAAGAAAUCUAACUACCAUUACUAAUUCAAAAGAGAUGACAAACUUUUAUAAACAGGAUACAAAACAGAUAUUAGAUGAUCAAAAUUCUGCUAAUUAAUUGUUAACCUCCUAAUUUACUAUUUUCAAUUAAACUCUCUUGGCACCUUCAAUGUAGAAUCAAAAGAAACUUAAUAAAAAAGGUAUUUCAACUCUCCAAGAAAUCCAAGAUAGAAAAUCUUCUAAUUCGAUUUACUAAUUAAGAAAGGUCCAGAGAAAGAAGACCUAAAAAAAGUGUUAAGUUAAACAUGAAAAUCAAGGGAACUUUGGCAACCUAUGUUAGUUAUGUGGUGUUGAAGAUUCUGAUCAUUCAAAAUAGAAAAACAUAGAAUAGUAUCUGGAAUUUAAUAGCGAACUUACUCAGGCCAAGUUGAUUAAGAAAAUCAAUAAAUAAGUUGAUAUUAAUAGCUCAUUGAAUACUCCUCUAUAUCAAAUUGAUAGUAUGGAGUCACCGCCACUUUAAAAUAGACAACGCAAACCUUUAUAAAUAACCGAAUCUAUUGAUGACAUGAUGAAAAAGCUAUUCCCAGAACCUUGCACAAUUUUAGUUGUAGAUGAUUCACCUGUCAAUGUUAUUGCAUUUCGAUUGAUCUUAACCAAAUAUGAUUUUAUUACAGUUGAGGAAGCUUACAAUGGAGAAUAAGCUCUUCAAAAGAUAAAAUUGGCUAUAACUAAUGAUCAAAGAUAUUAAUAUAUAUUCAUGGAUUUGACUAUGCCCAUAAUGAAUGGAUAUGAAGCUACUGAAUAAAUUCGAUUACUGGUAUUGAUAUGACAUAAUAAAGUUUAGGAGAAUAACAAUCUCGUUCCCAAAAGCUACAUUAUAGCAUUGACUGGAUAUGAUGAUUUAAAAGAAAAGGAGAAGUGCCAAUAGAAAGGAUUUGAUGCUUUUGUAUCAAAGCCAAUCAAGAUUAUAGAUAUAAUCUCUGUAAUUAAUGAAGUAAAGAAUUCAAAGGAACCCUGA